AUGCAUGGACUUCUGGACUUGGAUGUAGAUCAUAUUCUUAUCUCUAACUCUAGUCAUCUUUGUAUGUUUUACAGAAUAUAUUUCUUGAAUAAUAACAUGACAUUCAGCAGCUCAAUGCUUGACCCAAAUGAUGGACGUUUCGAUGAUAUUGAUGACGAGGACCCAAUGGAAGGGGUGGAAAUCCCCAAAAUAUUUUUAAAAGGGGAAAAGAAUGAGAGGAAAAAUGAUAUUGUUUUGCCCUGUGAAGACUUGUUUGGGUAUGGAAAUUUCAGUACGACAAAACCUAAAUCGCUCUUUGGAACAUCUAGUGGAAAAACUGUGGGUUUAAAAAGUAAUAAAGAUAAUUUUCAACAAUCUUCGAAGCGCAACAGAAACAGGCUACUCAGUUCCAAACAUAGUUUGGACGAAAAUGCGGGAAAAUCUUUAUCUUUCGAAUUUUUGUCACUUUUCAAGCGCUAUAAACCCCAAGAUGAAGACUUUCAACCCAAAUAUAAAGCGAAACUAAACAUCGAAAAUUCUUCAAAUUCGCAAAGGGAUGAGAAAUAUCUUAGAACAAAUGAUGACCCCACAGAAAAAAAAUUCAAACAGCCAACUAAAGUUAAAACCGUAGAAGUGGACCUACAGUGUCACUAUCCAGAUGAAUUCCUUCAUUGUUUAAGGUCAGGUCAAGGUCGUUAUGAGCGAGGGUAUUGCGAAAUAGUAAAACCUAUGGACCAUGACCUUCCUAAACCCCAAGGUCACACACGCUUUGUCUGUAUUUCUGAUACGCAUGACGAACAUCGGAAUUUAAAGCUACCACCGGGUGAUGUAUUACUCCACUGUGGAGACUUUUCGCUCGCUGGGGAGUUAAAAGAAAUUGAUGAAUUUAAUAAAUGGUUAGGGGAAGUCCCUUUCAAACAUAAGAUAGUGAUUGCAGGAAAUCAUGAAUUAUCAUUCGAUCACAAAAUAAUGGAGCAUGUCGAAUUAGCAAAGAAGAAUAAUUCUUAUGUUCGUUUCGGAAAAUAUUUAAAACAAAUAGAGGAAAAAGACUGGCGUAAUAUACGGUCACGCUUGACUAAUUGUACUUAUCUUGAAGAUAGUGGAAUCACGAUUAAUGGGAUCAGGAUUUGGGGAUCACCAUGGCAACCGGAGUUUGGAAAUUGGGGAUUCAAUCUGACAAGAGGCAGACCAUUGAUGGAAAAGUGGAAUAAAAUACCUGAUGGAGUUGACAUCUUGAUGACACAUGGACCACCAGCAGGCCAUGGAGAUCGGGUGGUCAGCGGACAACGUGUUGGAUGUGUAGACCUACUAAACACCGUCCAACUCCGAGUGCAGCCGAAGUAUCAUUUAUUUGGUCACAUACAUGAGGGGUACGGGUCGACCACUGAUCAAUUCACGACUUAUAUUAAUUGCUCAUCUGUGGAUUAUCACUAUGACCCUGAACACCUUCCUAUUGUGUUUGACAUGCCAAACGAGGCCUAGUUUUUUAUUCAACGCGCUUAUACAUGCAUAUCGCUUCGACCGAGGCCAUGAACAAACAACCACUGAUAUAUAUAACGUUACACAUGGAGCUACAAUUAUAUCUGGGAAGCCCGGAAAAAUCUUUCUGGUUUGGCAUC